AUGCGGACACUCCAGCGGCGUGUAGCCGUUAUCCUCUUGUGGAGCCUCUCGCUCUUUCUCGUCGUUGCUAUUACCUUGAAUUCCCCCAAAAGGUUUGGUUCUUCACUUAAUCGUUUUGGCAUUUUGCAGGAGGAACUACCCAAGCAGCGGCGGAAUAUCAUGAGUCCCUUCGACAAUAAUACGGACGUUUUACUUCUUCCCAGUUUGCGUAGCUCAUAUCUCUGUGAAUACUUGACAGAUGCUACACAGUUGCCUUCGGGGUGUGUUCUCUCGUGUGGCGCAGGGGGGCAGCAUGACGGUGGUGACUUCAACUGCCAUGUCCACACG